AAGUCAGCUAUGUAGUGAUGUUUCAAGCGAUCAUGGUCAAAAGAUUAAAGACAGUUUGUGUACACUUGUACUUCCAUGCAAGCCAUCAAAAUGUUCAAAAGAAUGCACGGAUGACGAUAUUAUCCCAGCGACAAUCGCUCCUUUGGAAGAAACAAAUAAUAGCACACCAAAGGUGGGCAAUGUCGAAGACAAGGAAAUAGAAGACUCAAAACACAAGGCGGGUAACCUUCCAUGUACUUCUGAAAACACAUCUGGUUCGGGAAAGACAAAGGCAUACGUGCAAGAAACCACAGAAAAUACAGAAAAUAAAAAGGGGAAAACUGCAGAUGAUACCAAGCAGUCCCCGUCGAUUAAAGACCGAGAAAACAAAGACGAGGAAACUACAGAUGAUACCAACCAGUCUCCAUCGAAAAAAAAGCAAGAAACCACAGAAAAUACAGAAGGGACAACUGCCGAUGAUACUAAGCAGUCACCAUCGAAUAAAGAAGGAGAAAACGAAAGAGUUAAAAAGAAGAAAACUGCAGAUGAUGCCGACAAUCCCUCAACGGAAAGCGAGCAAGACACCACAGAAAAUACAGAAAACAACGAGGGGGAAACGGCAGGGAUAACUGAUACCAGACGGCCUCCAUCGGUUAGUGAAGGAGAUAACAAAAGAGAUAAAGAGGAGACAACUGCAGAUGAUGCCAACAAUCCCUCAACGGAAAGCGAGCAAGACACCACAAAAAAUACAGAAAACAACGAGGGGGAAACGGCAGGGAUAACUGAUAACAGACGGCAUCCAUCGAUUAACGAACGUGAUGACAAAGGAAAUGAAGAGAAGGAAACUGCAGAUGAUACCAACAAUCCGCCACCAGGAAAUGAGCGAGGAAAUACAGAAAAUAAAAUGGAGGAAGCUACAGACGAUGCUAACAAGCCUCCGUCGGUUAAUGAAGGAGAUAACAAAAGAGAUAAAGUGGAGAAACCUGCAGAUGAUGCGAACAAGCCCCCAUCGGAAAGCGAGCAAGACACCACAGAAAAUACAGAAAACAACGAGGGGGAAACGGCAGGGAUAACUGAUACCAGACGGCCUCCAUCGGAACAAGAAGAUGUGAUUACAAACGGCGAGGAAGAUGAUUCUUCUUAUUCAAAUAAUAAUGAAGGAGAUAAUAACAGAGAUCAAGAGGAGAAUGCUGCAGAUGAUGCCAACAAUCUCUCAGUGUUAAAUGAGCGAGGAAAUACAGAAAAUACAGAACAUAGAAAUGAGGAAACGACAGACGACACCUGCAAGCCUCCAUCGGAAAGCGAGCAAGACACCAUAGAAAAUACAGAAAACAACGAGGGGGAAACGGCAGGGAUAACUGAUACCAGACGGCCUCCAUGGAAACAAGGAGAUGCGGUCACAAACAGUGCUAACGUCAGUGAUACGCCAGAGGCAAAGAAACAAGAAGAUGCGGCCGCACACGGUACAAACGAUGAUACGCCAGAGGCAAAGAAACAAGAAAAUGCGGUCACACACGGUGUAAACCAUGAUACGCCAGAGGCAAAGGAAAUUAGACAUGUAUCAAACUUCGACGAACUGUUUCAAAAAGAACAAAAGAAAACCAUUAUGGAUGCCAAAAAACUUGUCGAAAAGCAUCUGUCAGAAGAAAUAGAAAAGACUGGGACCGAUCUGAUUGUACAAGAACACGGAAUAGAUAUGGAAAAGCAAAAAUCUGUUGUGGAGUACAUUAAAAAGUGUGUUAAUAUUUGCUGGUCAAUGCACAGAAAUGAGCCCCCUGUAUUUGUGGAAUUUCCGGAUAAUACGGAGGAUAUUAAGUUUGAUACAAAUAAGUUCAAACCAUACACAAAAUCUGGAACAUAUAUUGACUACAUCGUCUGGCCUGCGGUUUACCUUCAUGAGGGAGGACCCUUGUUGUGCAAAGGAGUCGCUCAAGGAAGAAAAUAAAGCAUGGAUGUAAUAUAUCAACAGCGGAUAUGAUGCCAUUUUAUAUCAGUAUGUUAUAAUGCCAUUUUAAUGAACCCGUUUCUACCAGAACUGUUAGCAGAGAAAAAGACAAUGUCUUUAUUGCUGAUAUAAUUACUAGGGUUUACCUGUUUUACCUUGGUAAUAAAACCUCUGGUAAAAUGUUAUGUUUUAACCGUAAAGAUUUAAGUUAUUGUUAUAAAUCUGUUGACAUAAGUCAUAUUUUAGUUAACUUGCAUUUGUGUGAUAAACAUUUUAUUUAAGCAGAUAUGCUUCAUGUACAAUAAUAAUUGUAACCAGAUGUAUGUGUGAAAUUAACGAUUUGUCAUAAAAACUUACUCGAUUU